AUGUCUUCUAUCUCAUCGAUAUGCGUAGGAACCCUGACUUUGAUCGGCCUCGCCCGCGACGUCCGCUACGUUGGCGUCAACAACCUGAUGCCGCCGCCCGAGCAGCGCCGCCGCCUCGUGUCGGCCCUCGCAGAGUUCCUCGUGGCCGCCCCAGAGGACCUGACCGACCAAGAGGCCCAGCAGCUUGCCCGGGCGCUGCCCGCUGCGGCGCGGGACGUCAUUGUCCGGGAGGUUCAAGCCGCUCGACCGCCGGUCCCUCCCGGCCCCGUUGCCCUCGGCCCCAUCCAGACCCAGCUCGGCCAGGGGACUAUCGGCCCCCUCCGCCGGCGCUGGCAAAUCAGCCUGGUCCUGACCGCGCUCUUGUUGCUCGGGAGAUACAUCCUUUUCGUCUUUGUUCCCUGGGCCUUCAUCACUCUCGCAUUCUCCGUGGCAUGUUUGAAGGUGGGGCUGAGCCUUUAUCUCCUCUACUUUUGCGUAGACUGUUUCUUCACGCCCGCGGACGACGAGUCCUGGAAAAGGAAAGAAUGGCUUGCCGAGGAGCUCAACCGAACUAUCUACCUAUCGUAG